AGAAGCGAGUAUAUACGAGCAUACCAGUGUACCAGUAUGCUAGGUGCUUUCACUUCAAACGAAGACCAUAAACAAUCCUUGUCCUUUGCUACCUGCCUCGACCUUACCUACCUGCCUACCUACCUACCUAGGUUUCCAUACUCCCACAAACUUACAAGCUAUCAUCUGAAUCUGAAUCUCUGUGCGCCCCGGGGUAUACAUGCAGACGGGAAGUCAAAUGCAGGAGAUACUAUGGACGGAGUGAGAUGCAAGAUAGAGGUUCGAGGGUUCGAGUCUUGGCUUAUAGAGAUGCAUGGUAUCGUACAUACCAAGAAAGCCAGAGAGAACCCCUUGUCUGCAAGUCUGCAAGUCUGCAAGCCAAAAAGUGGAAAAAUGUACAGAUGCCACCACGAAAGAGAUCCACAUCUAUUUCUAUUGUAUCGCUCGACAAGGUUCAUGAUGGUUUUUCUCUUCUCUUGUUUGAUAAAUACAGUACUAGAUACCAUGUACUACCUCCUAGCUAAUCCUCCGCAUUUAACUAGUAUGGAAUAGUAUGGUAUCUUCAGGGUUCGGCUUAAUUCACUAGGGGUUGUUUAUUGCUCCCAUGCAGAUUUAUCUGAUUCUCAAUCGAGUCAAAUUCACCUCGAUUUCUAUAAGAUCACUUUUUUCUCCCUCACCUUUGGCAAUUGAUCAACAGCUUCCACUGGAUUUUUAUAUUCAAGAAUAUUCACUUAAUACAUCUAUACACAACCUUGAUACCCGUAUUCCAAUUGAAAACCUUCAAUUGGUGCUUCCAAUACCUCUACGACAGCUUCAAACUUGGAAAUUAGAUAUAAAAUACGACCUUUCCCAUCUUCAACUUGAUCUCCAAUCUCCACUUCGUCUUCAUCAACUCCCUCGAUACUUCAAAUCUUUACCCCGAGUUUAACUAAAGCGGUGUCGGCCACUACUUUGACAUCGAAUCAACACUCAACCUCUAAUCUACAACAAAAUCGUUUCCUCCAACGACAUCAUGCGCUCUAUCAGCAGUCUCGUUCUCCUCUUAGUCUCGGUCGUUUCAGCUGCUCCAAUGGGCACUGUUUCAGCCCUUACUUCAGGUAAACAUAGUUGUGCAACACCAUUACUACCUACUACUGGAGCUGUAUCUGCUCUCCCAGCACCAGCUGGCACCCUCACCUAUGUUGCUCUCGGUCGUGGUGUCCAAAACUAUACCUGCUCCGCCAUUGGUGCUACUCCUGUGGCUCUUGGUGCCGUCGCUAGCCUUUACGAUGCAACUGAAUACGCCAAGUGUGCCAGUACCGCAUUGAACAAUUUCCCAGGUAUCGCUGUCUAUACCGAUCUUCCCUCUACUAGUAGCGCUAGUUUCAUGGGUCUCAAGCCUUUGGGCAAGCACUUCUUCGACGCUAGUGGAACUCCAACAUUUGACCUCUCAUCUGUCAACAAGAUCUUGUACGCUGCCAAGACUGGUGACAUUGAUCCUCCCAUCAAUUCCAGUCCAGGACCUGCUGAUACCGGCGCCGUUGAUUGGUUAUCCUUAGCUGCCAAAUCCACCUAUGUGUCUGUUGGUCUCACAUCAGUCUACCGCGUCGAAACCGCCGGUGGAAACUCCAUCAAUCCUUGCACAACAGCCGGCAUUCAGAGUAUUCAGUACGCCGCUCAAUACUGGUUUUACAGCUGACUCCCUGACCUUACCACCGUCCCUUCAGACGAUGAGGACAUAUGUGAUUACUCAGAUGAGUAAUAGGUCGAAUUCUCCGGGGAGAAUAUCAUUUUCUUUAUGGUUUUCAAUGAUGCGUGGCUGGAUGGAUGGAUAGAUAAAGGCAAACGUUACAGAACAAAUGCAUAUAUAGAAUAUGCUUUUGAGGUGGUCAACGGUUAACAGCUAAAGGGCACACAAAUUGCAAUACCUGGUAGGACCUGCAUUGAUGUGUACAUACAUUUAUUUCUCCACAGAGCUCAAGAGUACUUUUUGCUUGCAGAACUCUCGUUUUAUAAUUCAAAAAGCUUACAUUACCUU